UACAAUGGCUCCCUCCCCAACGGAGACCGGGGCAGAAGGAAAAGCCGCUUUGCCCUAUACAAGAGAACCAAAGCCAACGGCGUUAAACCCAGCACCGUCCAUAUUCUCAACACGCCACAGGCCAGCAAGGUAAACCAGGAACCUAGCCUACCCACAUAUUCAUGAACAAACUAAGUAAUUGGUGGAUGAAGACUGAGUUCUCAUGAAUAUGUUAUUACCCCUCUUAGCAAAUUGAUUGUCAUUCGUGCAAACAGAAUGAGCACCAACACUGAAUUUGACUCUUUGACUUUUUAACACACAUGUUUUUCAUGUAUCUAACUUGAAAUCCCAGUCAAGAAAAUAUUGUUGCUCUAUUGAUGGAUCUGACAUUUACUACACAAAAUCUGCAGGCUGCAGCCAGACCUCCUAGCUUUGCUAUGUGCGGUGUCUGCCAGAAAACUGCCCAGUCCAGUACAACAUGUCUGUCCUCUUGCAUUCCUACAUUUGGUAUCCUAGCAAAGUCAGCUAAACAAGCUUGACGGCCUGCUGCUGACGUCUGCAGUUUUUAGAAGCACACGUUUUCAAAGCACUUCUCCUUUUUGUAUUUGGGCCUUCUGGCUUAAGGCCCUUUAGUCUGUGUUAGUCUCCCACCCUGUAGUCUGACAGUCUGCUAGCUCUUCUCACUGGGAGAAGAGGGUUAGGAGAUAGCUGAUAAAGGCUGUGUCAUCUCUGACUGCCUGUUCAGUGAACUGUACUGCGCUCUGCUCUGUCUGCUGUUUCACGACACACCACAUUAGUAUGAAUUAGGUUUAUGUAAGAGGUCAUGUACAGCCUGUUAUAUAGUGAUGGAGCUUUAUUAACCCCCAACACCUUCACCUCCCCUUCCCUCUGCCACCCUGGUAUCAGGGCCUGGAUUAAACUUGGUUUAGUGCGGUGAAGUGAGGAGGAAGUUGUUGCAGUUGGCUGACUUUCCGCUCACAGCUGUACACACAUAGAUGAAAAUAGCUGUUCCUUCUGAGGCAGGCAAGAAAGGGAACCUCAUUUUGAGAUUCUGCCUUUUGUAGCCUACCAAUGUUGUCAGUGAUUUAAUUCACCAUAGUCCUACAUGCGGUAAAGAGAUCAAUGAAACGCAGACUGUGGGUGGAAGAAAAAGGGCGCUGUCAUUGGCGCACAGAAAGAAAAUCUGAUAUUCGUCAUCCGUCAUGAGUUUUGAGUUCAAACAGGCCCUCUGUGGUUAUUAAAAUCCGAUUUGGAUAUAAACUAUGUAUACAAAAGUAUGUGGACACCCUUCAAAUGAGUGGAAUCGGCUCUUUCAGCUACACCCGUUGCUGACAGGUGUAUAAAAUCGAGCACACAGCCAUGCAAUCUCCAUAGUCAAACAUUGGCAGUAGAAUGGCCUUACUGAAGAGCUCAGUGACUUUCAACCGUCAUAGGAUGCCACCUUUCCAACAAGUCAGUUCGUCAAAUUUCUGCCCUGCUAGAGCUGCCCCGGUCAACUGUAAGUGCUGUUAUUGUGAAGUGGAAAUGACUCGGAACAACAACGGCUCACACGCGAAAUGGUAGGCCACACAAGCUCACAGAACAGGACCGCCGAGUGCACAAGAACUGUUCAUCGGCACGGGAGCUUCAAUAAAUUGGUUUCCAUGGCCGAGCAGCCGCACACAAGCCUAAGAUUACCAUGCGCAAUGCUAAGCGUCUGCUGGAGUGGUGUAAAGCUCGACGCCAUUGGACUCUGGGGCAGUGGAAACGCGUUCUCUGGAGUAAUGAAUCACGGUGGAGGAGGAAUAAUGGGCUGGGGCUGUUUUUCAUGGUUUGGGCUAGGCCCCUUAGUUUCAGUGAAGGGAAAUCUUAACGCUACAGCAUACAAUGACAGUCUAGACGAUUCUGUGCGUCCAACUUUGUGGCAACAGUUUGGGGAAGGCCCUCUCCUGUUUCAGCAUGACAAUGCCCCCGUGUACAAAGCGAGGUCCAUAAAGAAAUGGUUUGUCGAUCGGUGUGGAAGAACUUGACUGGCCUGCACAGAGCCCUGACCUCAACCAAAUCAAACACAUUUACAUUAAAUUUUAGUCAUUUAGCAGAUGCUCUUAUCCAGAGCAAUUUACAGGAGCAAUUAGGGUUAAGUGCCUUGCUCAAGGGCACAUCGACAGAUUUUCCACCUAGUCGGCUCAGGGAUUAGAACCAGCGACCUUUCGGUUACUGGCACAACGCUCUUAACCACUAAGCUACCUGCCGCCCCACCUUUGGGAUGAAUUGGAAUGCCAACUGCGAGCCAGGCCUAAUCGCCCAACAUCAGUGCCCGACCUCACUAAUGCUCUUGUGGCUGAAUGGAAGCAAGUCCCUGCAGCAACGUUCUAACAUCUAGUGGAAAGCCUUCCCAGAAGAGUGGAGGCUGUUAUAGCAGCAAAGGGGGGACCAACUCCAUAUUAAUGGCCAUGAUUUUGGAAUGAGAUGUUCGACAAGCAGUUGUCCACAUACUUUAGGUCAUGUAGUGUAUUUGGCUGUUUUCGCAGCAUAAUAUUUAGAAAUAGUCCUUUUCGGAGUUAGAAGAAAUGAGUGCUAAAUGCUAACUCCCCAUUCAUAUAAGCUUGUAACAUACUGUAGCUAGCCAUAUACAGUGCAUUCGGAAAGUAUUUAGACCCCUUGACUUUUUACACAUUUCGUUACAGGUUAAUUCUAAAAUUGAUUAAAUUGUUUUUUCCCCCUCAUCAAUCUACACACAAUACCUCAUAAUGACAAAGCAAAAAAGUUUUUUUGAAAUGUUUGCAAAUGUAUUAAAAAUAAGAAACGGAAAUCACAUUUCCAUGAGUAUUCAGACCCUUUACUCAGCACUUUGUUGAAGCACCUUUGGCAGCGAUUACAGCCUUGAGUCUUCUUGGGUAUGAUGCUACAAGCUUGGCACACCUGCAGAUCCUCUCAAGCUCUGUCAGGUUGGAUGGGGAGCGUUGCUGCACAGCUAUUUUCAGGUCUCUCCAGAGAUGUUCGAUCGGGUUCAAGUCCAGGCUCUGGCUAGGCCAAUCAAGGAUAUUCAGAGACUUGUCCCGAAGCCACUCCUGCAUUGUCUUGGCUGUGUGCUUCGGGUCGUUGUCCUGUUGGAAGGCGAACCUUCGCCCCAGUCUGAGAACCUGCUCCAGAGCGCUCAGGAGAAGGAUCUCUCUGUACUUUACUCCGUUCAUCUUUCCCUCGAUCCUGACUAGUCUCCAAGUCCCUGCCGCUGAAUAACAUCCCCACAGCAUGAUGCUGCCCCACCAUGCUUUACCGUAGGGAUGGUGCCAGGUUUCCUCAAGACGUGACGCUUGGCAUUCAGGCCAAAUAGUUCAAUCUUGGUUUCAUCAGACCAGAUAAUCUUGUUUCUCAUGGUCUGAGAGUCCUUUAAGGUGCCUUUUGGCAAACUCCAAGCGGGCUGUCGUGCCUUUUACUGAGGAGUGGCUUCCGUCUUGCCACUACCAUAAAGGCCUGAUCGGUGGAGUGCUGCAGAGAUGGUUGUCCUUCUGGAAGGUUCUCCCAUCUCCACAGAGGAACUCUGGAGCGCUGUCAGAGUGACCAUAGGGUACUUGGCCAGCUCUAGGAAGAGUCUUGGUGGUUCAAAACUUCUUCCAUUUAAGAAUGAUGGAGGCCACUGUGUUCUUGGGGACCUUCAAUGCUGAAGAAAUGUUUUGGUACCCUUCCCCAGAUCUGUGCCUCGACACAAUCCUGUCUCGGAGCUCUACGGACAGUUCCUUCGACCUCAUGGGUUGGUUUUUGCUCUGGCAUGCACUGUCAACUGUGGGACCUUAUAUAGACAGGUGUGUGCCUUUCCAAAUCAUGUCCAAUCAAAUGAAUUUACCACAGGUGGACUCCAAUCAAGUUGUAGAAACAUCUCAAGGAUGAUCAAUGGAAACAGGAUGCACAUGAGCUCAAUUCCGAGUCUCAUAGAAAAGGGUCUGAAUACUUAUGUAAAUACGUAUUUCUGUUUUUGUUUUUAUAAAUAUGUAAAAAAUUCAAAAAACCUGUUCAGUUUGUCAUUAUGGGGUAUUGUGUGUAGAUUGAUGAAGAAAAUGUUUUAAUUUAAUCCAUUUUAGAAUACGGCUGUAACAUAACAAAAUGUGGAAAAAGUAAAGGGGUCAGAAUACUUUCCGAAUGCACUGUAGAAAUCGAUGGUGUUACAUGAAGCCGUUUUUAAGUGUAAUGCAGUUGAUUGGUGACUAUGACAUCCAUACAAGCAUUAUACUCCGAUUAUUACCCCCAAAAGGGUGUGAAAUGCACAUAAAUAUAGGCACAUUUUGAUGGGGGGCAACAUGGAGAUUCUGAAUAUUUCCCGCACGGGGGGGGGGGCGUGAGUGUUGUUGCCAUGGCAUUUCCAUUGUUUUGAUCGAGUCGAUUUGAUCUAUUUACCCCAUCUAUACCUAACGUUCUUGAGCCAGCACUGAGGGUUCUAUUUAAAAGCAGAGAUGUGAGAUGUCCAUUGAGAGGGUUACUAUUACAUAUGGAUAUCCAAGUGUGUACAGUGCCUUGCAAAAGUAUUCAUCCCCCUUGGAGUUUGUCCUAUUUUGUUGCAUUACAACCUGUAAUUUAAAUGGAUUUAUAUUUGGAUUGAAUGUAAUGGACAUACACAAAAUAGUCCAAAUUGGUGAAGUGAAAUGAAAAAAAUAACUUGUUUCAAAUAAUUCUAAAAAAUAAAUAACGGAAAAGUGGUGCGUGCAUAUGUAUACACCCCCUUUGCUAUGAAGCCCCUAAAUAAGAUCUGGUGCAACCAAUUACCUUCAGAAGUCACAUAAUUAGUUAAAUAAAGUCCACCUGUGUGCAAUCUAAGUGUCACAUGAUCUGUCACAUGAUCUCAGUAUAUAUACACCUGUUAUGAAAGGCCCCAGAGUCUGCAACACCACUAAGCAAGGGGCACCAUGAAGACCAAGGAGCUAUCCAAACAGGUCAAGGACAAAGUUGUGGAGAAGUACCGGACAGGGUUGGGUUAUACAAAAAUAUCCAAAACUUUGAACACGGAGCACCAUUAAAUCCAUUAUUAAAAAAUGGAAAGAAUAUGGCACCACAACAAACCUGCCAAGAGAGGGCCACCCACCAAAACUCACAGACCAGGCAAGGAGGGCAUUAAUCAGAGAGGCAACAAAGAGACCAAAGAUAACCCUGAAGGAGCUGCAAAGCUUCACAGCGGAGAUUGGAGUAUCUGUCCAUAUGACCACUUUAAGCCGUACACGCCACAUAGCUGGGCUUUACGGAAGAGAGGCCAGAAAAAAGCCAUUGAUUAAAGAAAAAAAUAAGCAAACACGUUUGGUGUUCGCCAAAAGGCAUGUGGGAGACUCCCCAAACAUAUGGAAGAAGGUACUCUGGUCAGAUGAGACUAAAAGUUAGCUUUUUGGCCAUCAAGGAAAAUGCUAGGUCUGGCGCAAACCCAACACCUCUCAUCACCCCGAGAACACCAUCCCCACAGUGAAGCAUGGUGGUGGCAGCAUCAUGCUGUGGGGAUGUUUUUCAUCGGCAGGGACUAGGAAACUGGUCAGAAUUAAAGGAAUGAUGGAUGGUGCUAAAUACAGGGAAAUUCUUGAGGGAAACCUGUUUCAGUCUUCCAGAGAUUUGAGACUGGGACGGAGGUUCACCUUCCAGCAGGACAAUGACCCUAAGCAUACUGCUAAAGCAACACUUGAGAGGUUUAAGGGGAAACAUUUAAAUGUCUUGGAAUGGCCUAGUCAAAGCCCAGACCUCAAUCCAAUUGAGAAUCUGUGGUAUGACUUAAAGAUUGCUGUACACCAUCGGAACCCAUCCAACUUGAAGGAGCUGGAGCAGUUUUGCCUUGAAGAAUGGGCAAAAAUCCCAGUGGCUUUUGCAUUGAAUAGAUGCUUUAUAUUCUCAAACUAACAGCAGUGCCUAUAUGUACUACUAUGGCUGACCCUGUUAAACAACACAUUUCACUGCACCUAUCCAGUGUUUGACAAUAAACAGCUAACAUCUAUGAUGUUCUUCCAAACAGACGUGACAUGCUGGAGUCAUGCUUCUAUGCAAAUGUUGUUGAUCGGUAGGCUAAUAUAAGGCCCAAAUGGAAGGCAAACCGAUCUGUGGCACCUAGACUCCACUGAUCAGCCAAAAUAAGCUCAGUAACUCAAUGCAUGCGCGCACUGUCAUUUGAAUAUGCAUUUAGCUGUGUUGUGAGUAGGCCUAUGACAUCUUAAUUUACCUAGUUUAUCAAGAGAUUUACCAUUCAAAUACAAUUAUUACCGUUAUGUAGUUAGAUUGGUUAAAACAAAGUCAAAUGUAUUAUUUGAUUUUCAAAAAUAAGCUUUAAUGCAUACAUGGCUGUCUCUGAGAAAUUGUCAUAAACAUUUUCUAAUUUUAAUAAUAUUGAAUUAUCGGCCUAAAAUAUUGGCUCAUUUAAACGCCACACCCCUAGAACAAAUAGUCCCAAAUACAGUGGGGGAAAAAAGUAUUUAGUCAGCCACCAAUUGUGCAAGUUCUCCUACUUAAAAAGAUGAGAGGCCUGUAAUUUUCAUCAUAUGUACACGUCAACUAUGACAGACAAAUUGAGCAUUUUUCUUCCAGAAAAUCACAUUGUAGGAUUUUUUAUGAAUUUAUUUGCAAAUUAUGGUGGAAAAUAAGUAUUUGGUCACCUACAAACAAGCAAGAUUUCUGGCUCUCACAGACCUGUAACUUCUUCUUUAAGAGGCUCCUCUGUCCUCCACUCGUUACCUGUAUUAAUGGCACCUGUUUGAACUUGUUAUCAGUAUAAAAGACACCUGUCCACAACCUCAAACAGUCACACUCCAAACUCCACUAUGGCCAAGACCAAAGAGCUGUCAAAGGACACCAGAAACAAAAUUGUAGACCUGCACCAGGCUGGGAAGACUGAAUCUGCAAUAGGUAAGCAGCUUGGUUUGAAGAAAUCAACUGUGGGAGCAAUUAUUAGGAAAUGGAAGACAUACAAGACCACUGAUAAUCUCCCUCGAUCUGGGGCUCCACGCAAAAUCUCACCCCGUGGGGUCAAAAUGAUCACAAGAACGGUGAGCAAAAAUCCCAGAACCACACGGGGGGACCUAGUGAAUGACCUGCAGAGAGCUGGGACCAAAGUAACAAAGCCUACCAUCAGUAACACACUACGCCGCCAGGGACUCAAAUCCUGCAGUGCGAGAUGUGUCCCCCUGCUUAAGCCAGUACAUGUCCAGGCCCGUCUGAAGUUUGCUAGAGUGCAUUUGGAUGAUCCAGAAGAGGAUUGGGAGAAUGUCAUAUGGUCAGAUGAAACCAAAAUAUAACUUUUUGGUAAAAACUCAACUCGUCGUGUUUGGAGGACAAAGAAUGCUGAGUUGCAUCCAAAGAACACCAUACCUACUGUGAAGCAUGGGGGUGGAAACAUCAUGCUUUGGGGCUGUUUUUCUGCAAAGGGACCAGGACGACUGGUCUGUGUAAAGGAAAGAAUGAAUGGGGCCAUGUAUCGUGAGAUUUUGAGUGAAAACCUCCUUCCAUCAGCAAGGGCAUUGAAGAUGAAACGUGGCUGGGUCUUUCAGCAUGACAAUGAUCCCAAACACACCGCCCGGGCAACGAAGGAGUGGCUUCGUAAGAAGCAUUUCAAGGUCCUGGAGUGGCCUAGCCAGUCUCCAGAUCUCAACCCCAUAGAAAAUCUUUGGAGGGAGUUGAAAGUCUGUGUUGCCCAGCGACAGCCCCAAAACAUCACUGCUCUAGAGGAGAUCUGCAUGGAGGAAUGGGCCAAAAUACCAGCAACAGUGUGUGAAAACCUUGUGAAGACUUACAGAAAACGUUUGACCUGUGUCAUUGCCAACAAAGGGUAUAUAACAAAGUAUUGAGAAACUUUUGUUAUUGACCAAAUACUUAUUUUCCACCAUAAUUUGCAAAUAAAUUCAUUAAAAAUCCUACAAUGUGAUUUUCUGGAUUUUUUUUCUUCUCAUUUUGUCUGUCAUAGUUGACGUGUACCUAUGAUGAAAAUUACAGGCCUCUCUCAUCUUUUUAAGUGGGAGAACUUGCACAAUUGGUGGCUGACUAAAUACUUUUUUUCCCACUGUAGGUGACUAAAACUAUUUGAAUACAGAUCUGAGAAAGCAAUAGUAAAAAAUUAUUUUUGAAUACAGAUCUCAGGAAGUGGAACAGAACACAAUCUCCUAUGGAUCCUGGAUAGCAAGGACCAUUCACUGAGGCAACACUUGGGGCUAGAGGCAGUGCUGUGCCAGCUGUGAAUUUUGUGAUUUGAAGUUUUUCCUUUCAAGUGACAACUACCAGAAUUCAGUGGCUACUGCCCUACAAUCGAUGAAAACACAGAACACAUUUUCAAUGUAUUGGUAUUUGGCUAUGUCGUUGUUUUCCAGCUGGCUAGCAUGAUGCAGCUCAGUUUUCAAAGCGUAGGCAGUUUUUUGCUGGAAUCUGCAGUUUAUCUUCCUUUUACUAGAGCAGCGUUUCCCAAACUCGGUCAUCAGGACCCCAACGGGUGCACGUUUUGUUUUUUGCCCUAACACUACACAGCUGAUUCAAAUUAUCAAAGCUUGAUGAUUAGUUGAUUAUUUGAAUCAGCUGUGUAAUGAUAGGGCAAAAACCAAAAUGUGCACCCCUUGGGAUCCCGUGGACCAAGUUUGGGAAACCCUGCAUUAGUGUAACAGUUUUUCCAUAAAAAAAAAAAAAAAGAAGGUAUUUCUGGUGCUCCUAAUUUUUAUGUGGUGCUUACAUUAAUGUUCUUUCCUAAAAUUUAAGAAAUCAGCUUUGAGUAUAUUUUGUUAGGGCUGAUUUAAGCACAAUCCAUACCCAAAAUGUUUUUCAUUCCAGCUAUAAUAAUAAAAAUAUUGGCAGAUAUAUUGGUUAUCGAUUAACAUUUCCACUCUAAAAUCGGUAUUGGAUCCAAAAAUCCCAUAUCGGUCGAGCUCUACAAACUAACAUGAUUUUCUACCCACCUUGGCUGUAGUUGAUUCAAGCCGGCAGUUUUGGGAUAUUGAGUGAACUUCCAACAUUUUAAUAACCAUAUUUUGUUACUGUUAGCAUUCUCAGUAGCACUUAACAUUAAAUUGUUAUUGUGCCUGUGUAAUACAACUGUAAUUACUUUUGGAGCAACAUUUUAUUAGCAUGUUUUUACAUAAUACUUUGGUAAUUGCAUUUUAAUUGCCCAAUGAGCUGAGUUUUUUAAAACUCCUGUACAUGAGGAAUAGUCACUGUUCCUUAUUCCACUUAUGUAAUAACUCCAUUAUUAUGCAAUUAUAAAGCAAUUUACAGUCAUAUGUAACAAUGUUGCUAUUGUAAUAGUUACUACACGUGUAAGAACUUGAUGUAAAGUAUUACUGUAUUACCUCACCACUCAUUAUGAAAAUAUAUUUGUUAGUAAUUCUGAAGCUGCAAAAGUGGUGUACUCUAAUGUUGACGUGAUUCCAUGUCCCUCAUGUAUUUUAAUUAUAGGCUAUAUUAAUGAUAAUGUAUUUAGACUAAUUCAACUAACUGUUGUAGCAUUUGGUUCUUCAUCAAAUAUUUGUCAGCCAUCCAUUUGUUAUUUUAACUGUCAUAUUUAAAUACCUUCAAAUAUUAUUUGGUUUUCUGAGACCUGUAUUUGAACAUCAAAUAAAAUAGUUGCCUUUUAGUUAAAACUCUGUAAAAACUAUAUCCGACUACCUUGAGUAUUUGAAAAGUUGGUAUUUUCAAGUAAACUACAAAAAAACAACUAUUUUCUGCCCAGGUCUGGCUGUGACUGAAUAUGAACCCCAGACAGAGACAGGUGGUUGGAUGUUGGCAACAUGCUCUGUGUUAUCAAAACAAGCCUCUGUCACUACUGACAUCUGUCUCUCCUUUUUGUUGUUUGUAUUUUGUAUUUUUUUGCAGCUGCACAAUACAGCAAUCGUGAGUGACCCACUUUUCCUUCUCUCCCUGCUCACGUGAUGGAGAUGUUUGGGGAAAUGAAUUUAGAUUAGAUUAGAGUGGAUGGGAUGGGAGGCAUGUGGUGGUAAAGUGGCUGGUCUGUGUUUGAGAGGCUUAAAAUCUUACAACAAAAAUAAAAUAAAUGAAUCCCCCCCUCACGGAGCUCAGCUGAUAGACUGGCCUGUGUUGACUGAGCCUAGAGUACAGUUUAUGGUCACUGUCAUGGAAGUGUUACUUCACAGGAACAUAAUGAGCCCUACUGUCCCAUUCCAAGAAUUCCUGUUCUGACGUUUUUUGUUUUGGUCCAGUGAUAUAAUGAAGGGUUAGUGCAACCAUCUAAUGAUUCCCCAUCACGAGUGGUGGCGCGGUUGUGGAAGGCAUUAGUUCCCAUCCUGAGCCGCUGGCACACGGCUAAUCUAAUGUUGUGAGAACAAACUAAGUGGUCGCAUGACUCUUCCUAGACCAGUUUAGACCCGAGUGGAACUCUGGUUUGGUAAUAUAACAUAUACCCACCUUGCAAGUUAUUUGCCGACCUGUGCCUCUGCAUGUUUGGUGACACUAUUCCCAUGUCCAAAUGUAUCUCAGUAAUCGGAAGACUGUUCUGAUUAAGAGGUCGUCGUUUGCAUUGCCGAGCAGUGCCCAAGAAAAUAAGUAAAUCAAAUUUGUUAGAUGCUACUACCACCACCUUCAAAACAAAACCAAACAUGUCGAUGUUUUCUCACUUUGCGCACACCUGUUGUUUCACACCUGUUUGUCCUAGCUAACCAGCCUCGCAAUAUGGGCAUCGUGCUGCCGCAGACAAGCAGUAGACUGGACGUGUGAGCGCAAACAUUGACAUCCAUGUUUUGAUUUAGCAUCUUAACAAUUAUAUUAAAUGAUUUAUUGGGCACUGCUCACCGACGCAAACGAGGACCUCUUAAUCAGAACGGUCUACCGAUUUACGGACAGACACUCUAAACAUGGUACAGUCAUUUGCCACGUCCUUAACAUGAACGCUUCUCCAAUGUAAUGCUCUAAGACGGAACGUUACUGUUAAAAUAACUGUAUUUACUUGUAUUAACAGUAUACGUGACGGCGAGCUCUGUAGGGUUAGCUGCUUCCCUGAUUUCAUCACCCUAUAGCACUUAAGAAGCCCUUUAUUUCAGUAGAUUUAUGAGCUCAUUAUUAAUGAGCUCAUACAACAACGUAAUUUACAUUUGACUGCUAGUAUCCUAUUAAGCAUUUCAGUGUAAGAUAACUGUCAUCAGUCCAUUGUAUGGUAUAGAAUGCAUCUUCUGAUGUGCUUCCUCUGCUGUUGCAGGCGGUGAACUGCAAAGUGCAGCACAGUAUUUCCUACACUCUGUCCAGGAACCAGACAGUAGUGGUAGAAUACUGCCAUGACAAAGACACAGACAUGUUUCAGGUAAGUCCACCCGUUUCAACAUCCCAGAUGCUCUGUUGGUUUAAGCUUAGCAGAUGACCCUGCCAUAUGUAUUUUAUUAUUAGUCUGUCCUAAAAAUCAGUCUAAUUUUCUUGAACACUCACCAUGAGUUUACAAGGCAAUCUGCUUAGUAUUAGACAUUUGAUAUUGCAUUUCAACAAUCAACUGCGGUCUGUCUUAUUGAAUUUUUAAUGAAGUGUCAAUCUGCCUCGUAUGGAUUUGUUUGCUACAUGGCAGUGUAGCAUUCGGUCUCUGUGCCAGUCUCUCUUAGUCCCUCCCCACUCUCCUUCCCUCAAGUGAAGACAUGUUCUGUUAUCCCCCUAGCAUUAAUCUAAAUCUACAGCACAGACAGCUCUACUCCAACCAGAGGAAAACAGACUGCUCCAGACACCACCUUCACAUUCAACCCUUUGUGUCCAUGUGUCUGCAAACGGCACUAAGUAAACGGAAAGCCAUAACCAGCUAAGAGCUAAUAAAAACUAACUCAAGGCCAAAUGCUGAAACAAAAUGAUUAUGAAAAUGAGAUGGAAAAGCAUUGACUUUUCUGUGUGAAGCAGAAAUGUAUAUCAUUAUUUAAUCAUUAUCUUAUUGUAUUACAAUUCACACAUUCUAUUGGUUUGUGACCUUGAUUGAUAAAAUAACAAAUGGGUGUAUUUAUACUUUGACAGCGUCCUUAUCUAGCCGAUGGAGGCCUCUUUUUUUAAAAAUUGAUACAGUAACAGUUACUGUUCAUUCCUGUCUUUGGACCCUUCAUUGAGAUUCUCUCAUACCAUUAUUUUAUGGUUGUGGGAAUGUGCAAUCAUUGGUGGUGGGAGCAUCUAAGUCAACUGUUUUAUUGACUAUUUAUGAAGGAAAUUGCCCAUGAAUGCGGGCAUUGACCUUAGAGAACGACCCGAGCCGAUACAUCGGCCGAUAUUGGCCUAUCGGCCCUUCUCUAUCGGCUUUGCAGAAAGUCCCUCUACAUAGCAAAGCUGUUGCUAUGCCAGCUGGAUCUCACCGCCUGAGCCACGAGCACUGCACAAUGCCGAGGAAUGUCUAGCUGGGAAAAUCAGCAGCAGCAAGCUAGCUCAUUCUCCUACCGAAAGGUGCAGUAUUGAGAAAUUGAAUUAAUUGACACAGUGACAAAUCUAACACUUAAAUAUUUGUUUAGUUAAUUGACUAAUAAUAAGCAGAGCUGCCAACUCUCACGCGUUGGCCUUGAGACACACGCAUUUGACCCUCUUCUCACGCUCACACGUCACACCUUAUAUCUCACGCAUUGAAAAGUACUGCUUUUAUUUUUCUAAUUAGUCCAGUGCAUUAACUUUUCAACUGUGCUCCAAAUCGUUUUGAAAUCGGAGCAUCUACGCCUGCAAUUUAACAUCACGGAACUUCUAUCAUUGUCCUGUCCUGCCACAACACUGUGAACCACAACAAAUUGAAGCAUAUGAUUGAUAGUUAUGUAAGGGAUCAAGGGGAUUGGAUGCGCGUUUUAAAGAAACGCCCCUCAAGAUAAGAGUGGAGCUGAAUAGAGAGAAUGUUCUCCGCUGAGUUUAUAAAACUGUAAAAACAGCAGCAGGGCAGUGGUUUUAUUUACAAUGUUGUCAACAAAAUUAGGUUGCACUCCCGUCCCAAUUGCACAAUGCAGCCUUUUGAACGCAUGUACUAAAGUCGAUUUAAUCCACACUUGCAUUAGUCCCAUCGUUUGGUGAUUGGCGUUUAGGCUGUGACAACGAAAAGGCAGCAGACAGAUUUACAGUAUGUUUUAGCAGGGAAGUUUUGGUAGGGUGACCUGAUGUGAAACUAUGAAAAAUAAUUUUGUCAAACAGAUAGUGAACCCAAAAGUGUAAGUUUGAUUCUAGAGCUGGGACAACAAAUAUCCAAAUAAUUUGGUUAGGGUGUAGGGGCAGAUUUGUCAUCUUGUCUUCAGAUUUUAUUAUCUAUUUACUUGAUUUAGUCUGAUCAGUGGAACAAUUCUCAUUCUUAACAAGCGUUAAAUAUCAAAUAAAAUAAAAUUGUAUUGGUCACAUGCGCCGAAUACAACAGAUGCAGAAAUUACAGUGAAAUGCUUACUUACAGCCCUUAACCAACAGUGCAUUUAUUUUUAACAAAAAAAGUAAAAAUAAAACAACAAAAAAAGUGUUGAGAAAAAAAGAGCAGAAGUAAAAUAAAAUAACAGUAGGGAGGCUAUAUAUACAGGGGGGUACCGGUGCAGAGUCAAUGUGCGGGGGCACCGGCUAGUUGAGAUAGUUGAAGUAAUAUGUACAUGUGGGGUAAUUAGUGUGCUUGUCAGCAAGAACACUGUUAUUCCCCACAAUUAUUUUAUUAUUCCACUUUUCAAUGUUGCCAUUGUAAUCACAUAUUUGAAAUCUGAUAUGCCUACUUGUCUUUGAAAAUUAUUUAGAGGCUAUGUACUUUUGCAGACUUUCAUGGACAGUUAAAAAAAAAAAAAAUCAUACAAAUAAGCAUUGGAUAUUAAAUGCUCCAGGCCUCAAAUAUAAUUUGACAUUUUAGUAUUGUGCACAUGCUAGGCAGAGAUGGUAGGAGGACUCACAACUCAAACACAUCAUAUUUUAUCUAUGUAGAGCAAGAUGAUGGCAAGGAUCUUCAACUAGUAGGCACAAACCACAUGAAUAUUGAUAUUCAUUCUAUUUUUCUUGAAGGACAUGCAUGCAAUAAGCAAGCUAACUAAGCAGAUCGCUAUGUGACCUGUUAGCAAAUAUUACGAUAACUAUCCCAAUCACCGAAAAUUACUAAAAAUACUAGUUUCAUAAGCAUCCGUGAUCACAAAUCACGACAUUACGUUGGACCCAUUUACAUUGAAUAUAUAUUUUAUAUUCUCAAACUAACAGCAGUGCCUAUAUGAUGUUCUUCCAUACAGGCGUGACAUGCUGGAGUGAUGCUUCUAUGCAAAUGUUGUUUAUCAGUAGGCUAAUAUAAGUCCCAAAUGGAAGGCAAACAGAUUGUUUGUCAUCUGUAGCACCAUAGACUCCACUGAUCAGCCAAAACAAGCUCGAUAACUCAAUGCAUGCACACACUCCUAUUGAAUAUGCAUUCACCUCUAUUAUGAGUAGGCCUAUGCCAUCUCAAUUUACCCAGUUUAUCAAGAGAUUUACCAUUUAAAAUACAAUUAUUACCAUUAUGUUAUGUAGUUAGAUUGGUUAAAAAAAAGUCAUGUAUUGUUUUGAUUUAAAAAUGGAUGCAUUAAUGCAUACAUGGCUGUCUCUGGAAAAGUGUCAUCAACAUUUUCAAAUGUAAUGAUAUUGAAUAUCUGCCUAAAAUAUCAGCCAUCGGCCUCCUUGACCCUCAAAAAUCUGCAUCGGCCCUAAAAAAUCCACAUCUAUCAUUCUCUAAUUGACCUAAGAACAAACACUUUCUAAAGCACUUUGUUCAGAGUGGAAUGGUGCGUGUGUCUGUUCUAACCAGUGCGGGUUUUGUUGUCCUGCAGAUUGGCCGCUCCACAGAAAGCCCCAUAGACUUUGUGGUGACGGACACUGUGUCUGGGUGUCAGGAGGGAGAGGAGACGCCCAUCACUCAGAGCACCAUCUCUCGUUUUGCCUGCCGUGUCGUCUGUGAGCGGGUCCUGCCCUACACCGCCCGCAUCUACGCUGCUGGCUUUGACUCCUCCAAGAACAUCUUCCUGGGGGUAAGACUGGGCUCAGAGGGCACUCUCCCAGGGAUAGGAAUGUCUACGGGGUUGACUGGUAUUCAGAUACAAAUGUUUCUUAUGUAAAACAACACAUUUCACUGCACCUAUCCAGUGUGUGACAAAAUUGUUAUUGUUUUAUUUUAUGUUUUUGCUACAGUAUCGAUUUUAUGACAAUAAUGAAUGAUAGAACACUUCUAGCAUGUUUUUACUUUCUCCUCUUGUUUCCUGCUAAGAUUCUAAGCCUGGUUCGCAUAUGCAUGCCUAGCAUUCCAAGCAGAAUAAACUAGAUUAGCACACAAUGUAUACUAGCACUAGUGUUAUGUAAGCCUACUACAGUGUGUUAGUGUGUGACUUUCCCCCCGUCUCACCCUCAGGAAAAAGCUGCCAAGUGGAAGAACCCGGAUGGUCACAUGGACGGGCUUACAACCAAUGGCGUGCUGGUGAUGCACCCCAGGGGUGGGUUCACGGAGGAGUCCAAGCCGGGUGUAUGGAGGGAGAUCUCUGUGUGUGGGGAUGUUUACACCCUUAGAGAGACCCGUUCUGCUCAGACCCGCGGUAAACUGGUCAGUAGCACUAAUAAUGCUCCACCAUUACCCUCACCAAAUCUGUUCUAAUGCAAUUCCACAAAAUAAACAUGCGCAGCAACAGAUUACAAAAAAAUUCAAUAGCACAUUAUCCAAACAGGUUGUCUCAUGGAAGCCUUUAGUCUAGCGUAUUUACUUCAUAAAUUCAAAGCAGAUACAUAAUUGCCACUGCUGGACUGCACACGCAACCCGAAUGCAGUUAAUAAACCCUACUGUAGGCUAUAGCCUAUAAAAUAACGUGUGCCUCUUUGAGUUGUCAUUGUGAUUCUUCAGAUAGUCACAUUUUGUAGGCCUAUGCACAAUUCACUACAUAGGCAUCUCUAUCACACACGAGAGGCAUGAGGGAAAAUGUUUAUUCUGUCCUAGAGCUUAGGCUAUUUUGCUAUCCAGUUCCAAUCCCACUGAAACCCAAAAUCCUGACUCUUGUGUCGCAUGACAAUUCCUAACUUUAUUCUGUGAUUCAUAGGUUGCAUCAUCAAAGCACGUCUCUCGCCUAUGCAUGUCAAAAUACCACUAUAACAUCUCCCCCGCUAUUCUGCGUUGUCUCGUACUUGCUGCCCAUAUGAGAGCUUCGGUAGAGAAUGUGUGAACAAUGGAUAUAUUUUAAAUAUGGUCCCCGUUAAGAUAACUUAAUAUUUAACUAUUUACACUCUUCAUCUCCCCGUUAUUCCUGAGCUGAUCUGCUAUCGGUAUAAUCAACUCGAUUUUGACAAAUAUAGGAGAUAUUCUGUCAUUUGUUGAAGGAUGUUAUCUAGCAAGUUUAGCAACUUUGGUCAUUUUACUUUUGUUUGACUGCCAUUACAAAGUUUGUAUGAUUCGACAAAGCUAUACUCCGGGUGUGCUCUGUGCCCCCUGAGAGUGCUCUGUGUGGCGAUAUAACCUACUGCUGAAAUGCGCUGAAUUAAUUGAAGAACAUAAUGCUCGGAAAUAUGAACUGCCUGUUUCGCAAUUCACAACAAUGUCAUUGGCGAUCAAAGAUAGUUACUCUCUUACUAAAUAUCAGUUUCAUUUGCUCUGAAAUCUUUACAUAGUGGUGCAGCCAAGCCGACAACGUGGCGAGCGCCCCUCUUAUUUAGGGAGAACCCUGCAUUGUGACCAUAUCUUGGUUUUAAAUGCUUUAUUAUUUUUGCAGUAUUUCUCGGGAUAAAUAUGAAUUAUUCCCGCUAUUGAAACUUGGUAGAUUUUUGGGAAAAUAUUAAUCCCUAGUGUUGAGCCCAGUCUCUCCCCUUGUAACUGAAUACACUGAGUGUACAAAACAUUAGGAACACCUUCCUAAUAUUGUUGCACCCCUUUUGCCUUCAGAAAAGCCUCAAUUCGUCAGGGCAUGGACUCUACAAGGUGUCGAAAGCGUUCCACAGAGAUGCUGGCCCAUGUUGACUCCAAUGCUUCCCACAGUUAUCAAGUUUGCUGAAUGUCCUUUGGGUGGUAGGACCAUUCUUGAUACACACAGGAAACUGUUGAGCGUGAAAAACCCAGCAGCGUUGCAGUUCUUGACACACUCAAACCGGUGUGCCUGGAACCUAUUACCAUACCCCAUUCAAAGGCACUUAAAUAUUUUCUUGCCCAUUCACCCUCUUAAUGGCAUACAUACACAAUCCAUGUCUCAAGGCUUAAAAAUCCUUCUAUAGCCUGUCUCCUCCCCUUCAUCUACACUGAUUUGAAGUGGAUUUAACAGGUGACAUCAAGAAGGGGUCAUAGUUUUCACCUGGUCAGUCCGUCAUGAAAAGAGCAAGCGUUCUUAAUGUCUUGUACACUCAGUUUAGAGCUGUGUGUGUGCUGUGUUGCCCCCUGCAGGUGGAGUGUGAGAGCAACGUGCUGCAGGACGGAUCCUUGGUAGACCUGUGUGGAGCCACCCUGCUGUGGCGCACGGCCGACGGCCUCUUUCACACGCCUACCCAGAAGCACCUGGAGGCCCUGCGGCAGGAAAUCAACGCAGCACGGCCCCAGUGCCCUGUGGGCCUCAACACCCUGGCCUUCCCCAGUAUGCAGCGCAGCCGUGCCCUCUCCUCCCUGGAGGACAAGCAGCCCUGGGUCUACCUGGCCUGUGGCCACGUGCACGGCUACCACAACUGGGGCCAUCGCUCGGAGCAGGAGCCCAAUGCCCAGCGGGAGUGCCCCAUGUGCCGGACCGUUGGCCCCUACGUGCCGCUUUGGCUGGGCUGCGAGCCCGCCUUCUACGUGGACGUGGGCGCCCCCACACACGCCUUUGUGCCGUGCGGACACGUGUGCUCGGAGAAGUCGGCGAAGUACUGGGCCGAGAUCCCUCUGCCCCAUGGCACCCACGCCUUCCACGCCGCAUGCCCAUUCUGUGCCACCCAGCUCAGCCUUGCUCAGGGCUAUGCCAAGCUCAUCUUCCAGGGCCCCAUCGAC